AUGCCGCCUUCCGCUCUCAGGGCGCAGAGCCUUCGGACCUCUGUCGAUCCAUUGGCUUCAUCCGAGUCUUCAUCCGAGGCCGAGGACAGUGCGGCUGGGUUUGACUCGGACGAGUCCGACUAUCUUGACAGCGAGAAGCCCCGCAAGAAGCAGAGAGUGUCUCCUGUCCACAAAUCUGCUCAUGAAGAUGAGAUCAGCGAACCCGAGGAUCAGGAUGACGACGACGACGCAGAUGAAGAAGUGAAGAGAAUCGUCUCCUCUAUCAACGUCCCCUCUCGCAUCAAACGCAAGGCUGAGCAGGCCGCGCCUACGGAUCGUACAGUGAAGCCUUCCACUGCAAUCUCUGUACCGACAGAUGCCGACACCACGUUCGACUCGCUGAAUGUUCAUCCAUGGCUUGUGCAGUCCUUGGCCAACAUGGCCAUCAAGCGUCCUACCGGCAUCCAGAAGAGCACCAUCCCCGAGAUCCUCAAGGGCCGUGACUGUAUCGGUGGCAGCCGUACCGGUUCCGGUAAAACAGUAUCUUUCGCCGUGCCCAUUCUGCAGAAGUGGGCUUCUGACCCUUCGGCCAUCUUUGCAGUCGUUCUGACCCCAACCCGUGAGCUGGCUUUGCAAAUUUACGAGCAGUUCAAAGCGAUCUCAGCACCGCAGUCUUUGAAGGCAAUCCUUGUCACUGGUGGUGCCGACAUGAGGGCACAGGCGAUCGCGUUGGCUCAACGGCCGCACGUAGUCAUUGCUACGCCGGGAAGGCUGGCUGACCACAUCCGGUCAUCCGGCGAGGAUACCAUCUGCGGUCUGAGGAGAGUUCGUUUCGUCGUUCUCGACGAGGCAGACCGUCUUCUCGCAGCCAAUGGGCCGGGCAGCAUGCUCCCGGAUGUGGAGGAGUGCCUCGGUGUUCUCCCACCCGCGUCAAAGAGACAAACUCUCCUCUUCACAGCCACAAUCACGCCCGAGGUUCGCGCUCUCAAGGACAUGCCCAGAACUCCUGGCAAGCCCCCGGUCUUUAUCUCGGAGGUGGACACGCAAGCCCUUGCCAUCCCGGCCACCCUCAAGCAGAUGCAUAUCCAGGUGCCCGUCACGCAUCGGGAGCACUAUCUCCACUGUUUUCUCCUCACCGACGCCAACGUCGACAAGUCCACCAUCAUCUUCUGCAACCGCACCUCUACCGCAGAGUAUCUACACCACCUGCUUCGCCUCCUAGACCACCGAGUGACCUCUCUGCACUCCAAGCUGCCGCAGCGACAGCGCAUCGACAAUCUCGGGCGCUUCCGGGCCUCCGCGGCUCGCAUUCUCGUGGCUACCGAUGUCGCUGCUCGAGGCCUCGACAUCCCCGAAGUCAGCAUGGUCAUCAAUUACGACAUCCCCCGAGAUCCGGACGACUACAUCCACCGCGUCGGCCGUACGGCGCGUGCCGGACGCAAAGGUGACGCGGUGACGUUCGUCGGCCAGAGGGAUGUGCAGCUGGUCCUGGCGAUCGAGGCGAGGGUGGGCAGGCCGCUCGAGGCCUGGGAGGAGGAGGGCGUCAACCUGGAGACGAGGGUUGUCCGCGACGCUCUCAAGCUCGUGGGCGAGAAGAAGCGGGAGGCAAUGCUGGAAAUCGAGGAGAAUAGAGAGGUGGGCGGGAAGCGGAAGAGGGGGAAGCAGAAGCUGAGAGCUUGA